GCUGUUUUCCUGACGUCAUUACCGUCAAGGAUUCGCGCCAUUUUCUGUUCAGACGGGUCCAGGCUUGUGUCCACCCUCCUCUUGGUUUGUUGGCUGUCGCAGGAUGGCAAAAAGGAAGGGCAGUAACACAGAAGUGGACCAGCCGUCCACGUCCAAACGUGCCCGUGCCCAGUCCGGACAGGAUGAGGAGGUGGUACCCAAGAUGGAGAGGGAGGAGGAGGAUGGUGAGGAAAGUGUCAUGAACCUGACCCAGGGGGAUCCUAACCUCAUGCAUCCUAAUGAGAUGAGAGAGGCUGAGUAUGGCAUCAUCGAAGCCAUAUCUCUGAAGAACUUCAUGUGCCACAGUCGUCUGGAGUUCAAGUUCGGACCCAAUGUCAACUUUGUGGUGGGAAAGAACGGAAGUGGGAAGAGUGCUGUUCUGACAGGACUGGUGGUGGGGCUGGGAGGGAAGGCCACCAUCACCGACCGCGGGAAGAGCAUCAAGAGCUUCAUCAAGCACGGGCAGAAUGCUGCGGAGGUGGCCAUCCGGAUCAGGAACCGCGGCAUGGAGGCGUACAAACCCGACGAGUACGGGGACGCCGUGAUCGUGGAGCGCAGGCUGACCCAGGACGGCGCCACGUCAUACAGGCUGAAAAGCAUCAGAGGUAAAACUAUUUCCACCAAGCGUGAUGAGCUGAGCCACGUGUUGGACCACUUUAACAUCCAGGUGGACAACCCUGUCUCCAUCCUGAACCAGGACACCAGCAGGAACUUCCUCCACUCCAGGAACCCCUCCGACAAGUACAAGUUCUUCCUGAAGGCCACCCAGCUGGAGCAGAUGAGCAGUGACUACAGCACCAUCCAGGAGCAGCGUGAGGAGAUCCAGGCAACUCUCAGGACAAAGGAGGAGACGGUGCCCCAGCUGGAGAAGAUCGUGUCGGAGAAGGAGCAGCGGUUUAAGGACCUGGCCACCCUACAGGAGCUGGAGAAGAAGGUGGACGGGCUGAAGAACAUGUACGCCUGGGCACAGGUCCACGAACUGGAGAAGCAACUGGAGCCCCUUGCUAAAACUAUCAAACAAGAAGAGGCAAGGACACCAAAGUACGACCAGAAGGUGCAAGAGUCCAUGAAAAAAGUGGACGCUGCGGAGGCCAAACACCAGGACAUCCAGCACAAACUGCAGGAUCUGGCCGUAAAGGUGGAGGCUCUCAGCCCGCAGAACGAGCAGGCCAAGGCCAACCUCAAGCUCAAGAAGGACGUCUGCAAGAAAACCCAGGCAGAGCACAGGAAGGUCCUCAACCAGCUCAAGACAACCAAGAGGGACAGAGAACAGGUGAUGGAACGGAUUGAUGAAAUGAGAAACAGUGUGGAGCAGGACUAUGAAGCUGAGCGCCGUGCCAGGGAGGAACAGAUCAGGAUGUUACAGGAGCAGCUGCAGGAACUCCAGGCACAGCAGACCACCACCGACCACCAGAUCGAACAGUUUGCACAGGCUGUCAGUCACUACAAGGAACAACUCUACAGUCUCAAGCGAGAUGAGCAGGAUAUCCAGAACAACACGCGUCAGCAGCAGCGCCGCCUACAGGACCUCCAGUCCAGCAGGAACAACAGUCUCAAGCGCUUCGGCAGCUUCAUGCCUGACCUGGUCCGCCAGAUCAACCAGGCCUACCAGCAGGGCAGGUUCCACCAGAAACCUCGCGGCCCACUGGGCAGCUGUAUCAGUCUGCGUGACCAGGAGCUGGCCCUGGCUGUGGAGAGCUGUCUGAAGACUCUGAUGUUUGCCUUCUGUGCGAACGAUCACCACGACGAGAAGGUGCUGGAGCGCAUCAUGCGGGGUGUCUGUCCGGAAGGGAAACGUCCCCCCAUCAUCAUCAGUCGCUUCCACGAGCGUCCUUAUGAUGUGAGUGCCAACCGAGUCCAGCACCCUGACUACCCUUCUGUGCUGGACGUUCUGGAGAUAGAAGACCCUGUUGUCUCUAACUUCCUUAUAGAUCAGCGGAAGAUCGAGUGUGUCCUGAUGAUCAAGGACAACAGGGAGGCCCGUCAGGUGAUGCAGGUGCAGCGGCCUCCCAGGAACUGUAAUGAGGCCUUCACAGCCAUGGGGGACCAGGUCUACACCAACAGAUACUACUCCUCCAACACUGACAAGUCCUCCUUCCUCAGGGUCAGCAUCGAGGAGGAAGUACAAGAGACUCAGCAGACCCUGCAGCGUCUCCAGCAGGAAGGCAGCGCCCUCCGGCAGCAGCUGGCGGAACUGGAUCUGGACAUCCGCAAGAACCAGCAGGAGCAGCGCCGGCACCAGACACAGAAGAUGAAGACUCAGGAGAGCAUCAACAAAAUACAAUAUGAGAUCCGUGACUUGCAGUCUGUGGAGGAGCCCACUCCAGUGGAUGUUUCAACCCUGGAGGAGGAAGUGAUGAUGUAUGAUGAGCAGAUUGGGAAUCUGGAGGACAAUAUAAAGACCAUCGAGACUGACUUCAACGGCCAGAAGGAUGACCUGGCCGUGGCAGAGGAGGCUUACCACCAGAUCGACCAACAGAUCAGGGAGCUGGCAGAUAGUGCAGAUCCCCUAAAGGAUGACCUUGGCAGGGCAGAUAUUGAGAUAUCCCAAGCUAAGCAGCACAGGAAACACUACGAGCAGAAGCACAAGGAACACUUGAAGAAGAUUGCUGACAUGCAGAAGGACCAUGAUAAACACGCUAAGAAAGUGGAGGAAGAGACAGGUAAAGCCUUACAGAUCUGCCCAGAGAGGCUGAAGGUGCGACGGACAGCCAAGAACAUUGAGAACGAGAUUAUUCAGAUUAACAAGAGGAUCGCCCAGGAGGAAGUCAAGCGUGGCAAUAGAGAAGAGGUGACAAGAGACUACUAUGAAUCCAGAGAACAGUUUUGGACCAUCAAGGAUCAGAUUAAGGAUCUCAAGAGGUUUCUCAAGAUUCUGGAUGAAAUCAUGGGGCAGCGGCAGCAGCUGUACAAGGAGUUCCGCCGAAUGCUGGCUCUGCGCUCCAACCAGUUCUUCAUCAACAUGCUGCACCAGAGAGGCUUCGCUGGCAAGAUGAAGUUUGACCACAGAGGGCGCACCCUCUCACUAGAAGUGCAGCCGAGUGAAAGUAACCGACAGGUGACGAAGGACAUGCGUGCCCUGUCUGGCGGGGAGCGCUCCUUCUCCACCGUGUGUUUCAUCCUGGCCCUGUGGGACGCCAUGGAGUCCCCCUUCCGCUGUCUGGACGAGUUUGAUGUCUUCAUGGACAUGGUGAACCGGCGCAUCAGUAUGGACAUGAUGAUGAAGGUGGCCCACGAUCACCGCUACAGACAGUUCAUCUUCCUCACUCCACAGGACAUGAAUAAACUGAGCCACAACUCUAUCGUGCGGAUGUGGCGAAUGCCAGACCCAGACCGGGGACAGGGGGUGCUGCCGUUCGAGAGAAGGGCUGAUGACGAUGAUGAUGACAACCGCAGGAACUGAGUGUUGCACUGUGUUCUGUACAUGGUAACUGAUGGAGAGAAGUUUGUAUGCCUAAGCUCUGUAAGGAACCUAAAAGUACAUGGAAGGCAUUGAGAGUUUACAAGCAGUUUUAGAAGCCAGUGCAUAUUUGACUGUUUAUCCUGUAGAUAUGCAAAGUAAAAGGUGAAGACCCCUAACUUGUAAACAGUUCUUGAUUAGACCAUGCUUGGUACCAUGUACAGAUGGAUUUUGUUCAUGUCUCGGGGGCCUUCAACUUUGUAUUGAGCAUGUGCAGUUCAAUCCACGAAGCAGCUUGUUGUAUGUAACUGAUACAUAAGAAACGGCAAGAUUAUUCCAUCAUUUACCCAUGAAUAGUUGUUAUUUCUGAACAAAGAUAAAAAUUUUUAUGAUCCAAACAGAUCAGCAAGCAACAUCAGCACAUGGAUUCUUGUCAGAUAAGAUAACAUACUGACCUUUCUACAAAAUAUGAGAAUGUGAUGUUACUCCAAAGCCAUGGGACAAGUGCAAUGGCUGUGCAUUAUUGAGUUACCUAUUGUUGGAAGGCAAGAGUGGGGAAAGAGUUCUUAUUGGUGUCAUAUGAUACCAUGUUAUUAUGAUGACAUGAUACAUUCCCAGACAUUUAUCUGUUCACUGUAUACUAAUGGUUCAAUUUGAUUUCUAAUCCCUUUGCUUCUAAUCCCUUUAAUCCUGUCAAAAGUUCAGAGUCGACUUUGUUUUCUGUUUCUCACCUUUUCUAACACAUCAUACUAGCUGAGUGACACAACUUUUACAUGGCAAUCAUUGGUCAGAUUUGACUUAGAAAUGACUUGUGAGUCAUGGUUGGUCACUGAAGUACAGAGUAGUCCUGUAGUUGCCCUGACUACAUAACUUUAAUACGUUUGCAUGAAUGUCAUAAUAUGAUAUUGAGAACUUCUUAUGAAGCCCAGAGACAUGACAUCAGCUGUCUAUAGUAAAUUAAUACUAACUAGUAUUCUGUUACAUUUUGUUUCUUUAUUUUGUAGCUGGACUUAGUUCUAUGUGGUUUCCUAUAACUUAGUAUGAGUAGACUGUUGUAGUUUGUUGCCAUAUGAACAAAAAUAAAGUUUUUUUCUCAUUACAUA